CUUGAAUGAAAGCAUAAUUUGUACAUGUUCAGUUGGUUACUGAAUGCGCAGCUGCCAUGUCCUCCUAUGUAUAGUGGCUGUGUCUGCUGAGUCGGAGUCUGAACUCUACUGCUGGCUCUUUGCAGUGCAGGGGUGUCGAUCUGAACCGGAGUGGUUGGUAGGAACACCUCGUGUAUUGGAGGAUGCGAGUCUGGGGAGCGGCUUUACAUCGAGGAGCCUGCCAGAUCGCUGUUGGCACUUCGCACGGGAAACCUGGAUCAAGUGUCAAAAUCCAGGGCUCGAAGCUGUGGACUUUGCUCUAGCUCCCAAUGUGAAUGCAGCCAAUCUUUUGCCUCACGAUGAAGCGAUUCCUGACUUUCGAUCGCUGGCAUACACCGGCUCGUACCCGUCCAUGGGCACGCAGGGUUUGCUUCAGCAAUUGGAAGAGGAUUCUUUCAUGCGCGCGUUCUUUAGCUACCAGGUAUCCUUUUGGUGGGCCAACAAGGAAAUGACCCAAUUCUCGGAUACCGAUCUUAGCAGGCCAGUGUGCAAUGGAUUGUGGUCGCCUGUGAAGGAAAGGGCCAACAAGGUUGCUGCAACCAACGAGAGUCAGUUCUGCGGCUCCUGUUCCGAGCAGUUGCAGGACAUGUGGCAACGUGCCAGCAGCGACGUGGACUUCGUGGAGUUCCCCUUUAGUGCCGCGAAGGCCGAUUGCUUUCUGGGAGUGGUGACACUCACGCUUACAGAGCUACUGUGUGUACAUUCCUGUGCUGCCUUUUCAGAAGAUGAAGAAAUUCCUGACUGGGACAUCCACGGAGUGCUAUGGAAGAAGGCACAAUUGGAGCUGGAAGGAUUGUUUUUUUUCUUUGACUUCCCUUUGGCCCUUCUGGCCUCUUCGGGCUGGCCCAUUGUCACCUUGAUGCGUCGUUUGGGCGAAGCCUUCCGCUUGAAUUUUGGCAAUGUGAUCCCCAAUGACUGCGACCUUUUGGAUGGAGAAAGGGCUGACGGCCUCUUUUCCAAGAUACAAGUCCUGCUUGCGGGCAACGAACUCGACUUGCCCCAAAUUCGAGAAAUUGCUGACAUUGCCAGCGCAUUCUUGGAUGAAGUUGACAGCACCUGUCCCUUUGCAGUAGGAACUGCACUGCUGUCUCUACUAAGAGCUGCCCAGAUGUCAAGUGUGGUUCAAAUCUCGGACUCUGACUUUUCCUUCCUGACCUUGGAUGCUUUGAAGACGUGGGAUGCCAUGAAUGGAGAGAGAGUCGGACACAAGAGACACUACUUCUAUGACCUGCUGACCACUAGAUGGCCUUGGCUCUCGCUGCUGGAGCAAGUGAACAACUCUCGGAAACCUCAAACUGCCAAGCAUUGGCCGAUUGACCAGUUGGCCAUUCAAGAGGAGGUUCUGCUCCCAAGAUGUGUGGAUCGAGUCAUGGCAUCGCGAGAAACAUGGGAGUGGCAUUGGUCGCAAUCGCCUUUUCAGGCGCACGGCCGAGAAGUGGAGAAACCCAAAGACUUUGCCAAGUUGGCCGAACGCCUCUGCGAAUUGGAGGGGAUGGAAGUGCUGUUUUUGAGUGGCACAUCAUCGGGAUUCAAGUGGGGUUCAUUCACAGUACGUGGCCGACAGGUCGCUCGUGGCUUGCGCCAGCUACUGCCGAUUGGUCCGAAUAUCAAAGCAAGAGCAUGGAAUCAAGAUUGCACCAAUUGGUGUAGCGAUGUGGCAGUCUAUGGAAAAAACUGGUCGAAUCCGGCCAUUGUCGUCCAUGUGAAAUUUCCAUGCAAGUGUGCGAUGGAAGUGCUUGCUAAUCGGUCCAACAGCAAUCACAGCCUGCCUCCAGCUCUGCACGUUUAUGAUCACGUCGACUUGUUUUCUCUGGUUCCUGAAGGCAUGGCAGUCUUCCUGGCGCAGACCUCUUUGGCAGCACAGGACUAUGGUACACAUCCCUCUGUCGUUGCCUCUGGGAUGGAGGUCUUUUGGCAUCCCCUGCAUCACUCCAACAUGGAAAACUAUCGAAUUCCUUGGCGCGACCAGGUCCAGAUGAUUGGCACCCAUACCGUUCACAACGACACCGAGCUCUAUGGGGCCGUAGGACUCUUGGCCCAGAAUUUGGGCGUCCAAUUCCAACACAUCGAUCCGAUGGAGCGAUUUGCCAGUACUGCCGGGUUGGUGAUCACUCCACAGCAAACCCAGCAGGUUUACGAGCAGUUUGGGGAGAUGGACAUCACGGUGUUGCGACAUGCUGGUUGCAUGGAGCACUUGAACUGCAUCACGGCACGGUGAGAGCGACGGUGACGGGACGGUGGUUUUGCAGAUUAGCGCUGAUAGCGGUUGAAUGGUGGUUUGAAUGGUGGCCACUUUGAUAUGCCACUGGGCUGCCCAUUUGCAGACCGUUUUGUGCCCGUCCUAGCCGAGGUACGGCCACUCGAAAGUGGCUUUGCGAUCGGUACAAAACCGGACAGCGUUUGGUAAAUGCAUUCGCCGUGGGGUUACCUGCUGUCUUUUGGCAUCAGCAGGGAUAUCUGGAUGUGAUCAGUCAAGCGGACUACCCAGCAGUGGCCAAAAGUAUUGAGGAGGCCUUGCACUGGGUCAGUGAACUUGUCACCAAUUCAACGCUUCGAUUUGACUUGCGUCAAAAGGGUUUGCAACUGGCAGAAUCCUACUCCCUCGACCGCCUGAGCCAGCGCCUUGCGUUGAUUCUCUCGCAGGUGAUUGAAGAAAUGAGAGCUCGCUUUGCAAGACUUGCAGCGUUGUCCCAUGUUGUCCCUAACAAACAGAAAGAAAGGGCAUGAUAUUUACAGUACGUAGCAAUGAAUGGACUACGACUUCGGAAUUUCCAAAUCUAGCUGCUUGGCUUUUCGACAACUUCUUUAGCUGGAGGGAUCAAACUGUU